AUGUUAAAAAUUGUAGAAAAGUUAAAAGAAUUGGUUUCACAUGAGUUGUGGAUUAAGUUUUUCAAUUAGAUAAAUGGUAGACUGAUGCUUAAAUUGAUAAUGCUAAAGUCAGUUGUGUUCGUAAUGAUGCUAGGAAUUUUGUUUGGUUACAUAGGACGUUCUGAAAAUAAAGUAAGAUUCAAUAUGACAGAAGAUUUAGAUUAUAGCCAAAAGUUGACUAAUACUAUUUUAACAAAGGUCGAUGGCUAUUAUAAGCAAUUGAUUUUGCUUGCCUAUUUAUCUGAGAAGGAAACAACAAAUUUAGUUUAUCAACCAAUUUCAUUCAAUAAUUUUACUAUUUCAAAUGACACAUUCACUGAGAAAUACAUAAUAUAACACAAAUUGAACCAAAACAAUAUAUCUUUAUAUAGAUCAUUAUAUAAGGCCACAGAAUAAAUGGAUUAGGAAGGAUGGUAGUAAACAAUAAAGUUAGCACAAAUAGAUAAAUACAUUUUAGAGAUGAUGUUUAAUUAUGAUGAUAUGAUUAUAUUUUUUCAUCAAUACUACCUCAUAAAUAAGAUAAAUAACAUUAUUCAUUACUUUCCAGUGAUAGAAAAUAUGAAUGAAAGCUAUCUUUAAUUGGAAUAAUAGUAAUAAAUCUUAUACAGUAAUGAGACAAUAAUAUUUUCAUAUCCAACAAGUUAUGGGAUGGUUUUAGGAAUUGGUAAUACAAGUGUAAUUGGGUAAAUAUUGUAAAAUUUGGAGUCUUCAUUUUUUAUAAAAAUAUUUAAAACUGAUAACUCCUUUUAUGUUUCAAAUUUUUAAAGCGUAAAUGGUUAAUGUGAGUGUUAGAUGAAUAGAAUUUUGAAUAUCAGUUUUGAUUGCGAAAUGCCAAGUGGAGAUAAUAAUUACUAUUCCAGUGGUUCAUGUAAUUCUUUAUACGUUAGAGAUAUUUCAACUAAUAGUUAGAUAAAAAUCUAUUUAAUGAUUCUGCUAAUGCCUUAAAUUUAUUUAGUUUGGCAUGGCCUUAUUAUUUAAUUACAAUUGUUAUUUUUUUCAUUAAUAUUUUAAUCAUAAUAAAUAGAGUUAAUUUGUUUACUAGAGAUAUUACUAAUCCUAUUAAAUAAGUCACUUAUAAAAUUGAUAAGAUCAUAAGCAAUAUAUUUUAAAUACGAAUAAUAAACAAGAUAUAGGCAGAUGAUAUUUUAAUAAAGGAAGACACUGAAGUGCAAAUAUUACUUCAUGAGUUUUCUCGUUUAUUUGAAUAAUUAAGAAAUCUGA